AUGAAUGUGUUGGUCACAAGUCAAAGUGGGGACAGAUUCAAAGAAUCGCAAUUAAAGUUUACUAAACAAAAUGACCAUGAUAACGCUGAUCGGGUGGUACUGACCCUGGACAAAAGUAAAAAGUUCCAGAAGAUUUUUGGUAUAGGCGCCGCGUUUACCGAUUCGGCCGCUAUUAAUAUUGGUAGUUUGCCCAAGGACAUGUCCGAUAGAGUUAUCAAGGACUAUUUCUCGGCAUCUGGUAUUGGGUUCAAUGAGGACAUUAAAUACAAGAUUCCCCAAAUUAAACUAGCUAAAGAGGUAGCUCAACACGGACUUAAACUUUACGGCAGUCCCUGGAAUACACCGAAAUGGCUCAACGAUAAAGAACUAUUGAAAACUCAGCCUGAUAAACAAUAUGAAACAUGGGCUAAUUAUUUUGUCAAUUCAAUGCAGUUUUUAAACGCAUCUAUUGAGCGCGACUUUAUUAAAAAGCACCUUGGACCCGCAUUGACAAAGGCUGGCUAUACAAAGGAUAAAAUGAACUUGAUGGUCUACGAUGAUGGCAGUGAUAAGAAUCCAAUGAUCGAGUACGUGGACACGUGUCUCAGUGACAAGGAUGCUGCUAAAUAUAUCACGGGCAUCGCAUUCCAUUGUUAUCUGUCUAACAGGUAUCCCGGUAUCGAUGCAUUGCACGAGAAAUACCCUGAUGCAUUUACACUAAUGUCUGAAUGUUGUCAAAACUUUCGCAAAAAUACCGAACCCUUCACACCGGCUACUCUGGGCGAGUGGGGACAGGCAACUAAUUAUGCCAAUCAAAUUGUAGAUACUUUUCAUCACUGGGUGAGUGGUUGGGUGGAAUGGAAUUUGGCCCUGGACACAUUUGGUCACCCUAACAAGGAUUUGAAAAUGGCUGACGCACCCUUGCUCAUUGAUGCUAAAAACAAGGAAUAUUUCAAAAAUCCCAACUUUUAUGCCAUUGGGCAUUUCAGCAAGUUUGUUGCGCCCGACUCGCAUAGGGUUGAGUUGACAGCCAGUAAAACCCCGGGAGCGGUAAUUGAAUGCAGACACGAAUGCGCCGGUCGUAAGGGAAAGGACAGCGUAUACUGCGCUUGCAAUGCUACCUAUUGCGAUGACCUAGAUCCUAUUACCAAACAACCCGUUGGUAAUAUUCUAUCCUACCAGACCAGUCAAAGUGGGGACCGAUUCAAAGAAUCUCAGUUAAAAUUUACCAAACAAAGUGACCAUGAUAAUGAUGAUCGUAUCAUACUGACCCUGGACAAAAGCAAAAAGUUCCAAAAGAUAUUUGGUAUAGGUGCCGCGUUUACCGAUGCAGCCGCUAUUAAUAUUGGUAGUUUGCCCAAGGACAUGUCCGAUAGGGUUAUCAAGGAUUAUUUCUCAGCAUCUGGUAUUGGGUUCAGUAUGGCUCGUAUACCUAUAGGCGGUACCGAUUACUCAACACAUUUAUAUACAUACGAUGAUACAAAGGAUGAUUAUUCACUUGAACAUUUUACUAUGCCGGAUGAGGAUAUUAAAUACAAGAUUCCGCAAAUUAAACUAGCUAAAGAGGUGACUCAACACGGCCUUAAACUCAUGGGGACACCCUGGAAUACACCGAAAUGGCUCAAUGACAAACAUUCAAUGCAGUUUUUAAACGCAUCUAUUGAACGCGACUUUGUGAAAAAGCACCUUGGUCCCGCAUUGACUAAGGCUGGCUAUACGAAGGAUAAAAUGAACUUGAUGGUCUACGAUGAUGGCAGUGCUCAAAAUCCAAUGAUCGAAUACGUGGACACGUGUCUCAGUGACAAGGAUACUGCUAAAUAUAUUACAGGCAUCGCAUUCCAUUGUUAUCUGCCCAAUAGGUAUGCCAGUGUCGAUGCAUUGCACGAAAAGUACCCUGAUACAUUUACAAUGAUGACUGAAUGUAAUCAAAACUCUCGCCACAAUACCGACCCCUUCACACCGGCCACUCUGGGCGACUGGGGACAGGCUACUGAUUAUGCCAAUCAGAUCGUAGAUACUUUUCAUCACUGGGUAAGUGGUUGGGUGGCAUGGAAUUUAGCCCUGGACACAUUUGGUCACCCUAACAAGGAUUUGAAAAUGUCUGACCCACCCCUGGUCAUUGAUGCUAAAAACAAGGAAUAUUUCAAAAAUCCCAACUUUUAUGCCAUUGGUCAUUUCAGCAAGUUUGUAGCACCCGACUCAGUUAAGGUUGAGCUGACAGCCAUGGUGCCGUCCCUCAUGAUGUAA